AUGAGAUGGCAUUACACGCGUUUAGUCGUUACUCUAAUAAACGCAACGAUGUCGGGAGGAUUAGAUAUCUUGGCCCUCAACGAGGAAGAUGUCACCAAGAUGCUGGCAGCAACAACCCAUCUGGGUUCUGAAAAUGUUAAUUUUCAGAUGGAAACCUAUGUCUACAAACGCCGUGCGGAUGGAACGCACGUGAUCAAUCUGCGCCGCACAUGGGAGAAACUGGUACUGGCUGCACGUGCCGUUGUCGCCAUUGAAAACCCCGCCGAUGUGUUCGUUAUAUCGUCCAGGCCGUUUGGACAACGUGCUGUACUCAAGUUCGCAGCGCAUACUGGUGCCACGCCUAUCGCUGGACGUUUCACACCUGGUGCCUUCACUAAUCAGAUCCAAGCUGCAUUCAGAGAACCCCGCCUGCUUAUUGUGUUGGACCCGGCUCAAGACCAUCAACCUAUUACAGAGGCAUCCUAUGUCAAUAUUCCAGUUAUUGCUCUCUGUAAUACUGACUCACCACUUCGAUUUGUUGAUAUUGCUAUCCCAUGCAACACCAAGUCAUCUCAUUCCAUUGGUUUGAUGUGGUGGUUGCUGGCUCGUGAAGUAUUGAGGCUGCGAGGUGUUCUUGCACGUGACCAGCGCUGGGAUGUAGUAGUAGACUUGUUCUUCUACCGUGACCCUGAAGAAAGCGAGAAGGAAGAGCAACAAGCUAAGGAGCAGGCGGUUGUGGUGGCUAAGCCUGAUGUACCGGCACCAGUGCAUGAGGAUUGGAAUGAGCCUGUUGAACCUGUUGCAUCAUGGGCGGAGGAAUCUGCACCACCAGCAGCCCCUGCUUUUGGAGCACCACCAGCAAAUGAAGACUGGGUUGCCCAGGUCCAGGACGAGUGGGGCACAGCAGCUCCCGCUGCGCCCGCCGCUGCUCCCGCCGCCCCUGCACCCUCUUGGGGAGGCUCCGCUCAGGACUGGAACGCUGCA